CCGUCUGUGGAAAUAAGUGGGGGAGAAACACACGACCAAAUGAAUGAGUUUUUUUUUCCCGGUUUCAGCUUCCCCCCCUUUCCUGUCUGAAAUUGCUUCCAUGCGUUUUUCUCUUUACAUUUCUCUCUCUCUCUACCUUCUUUUCUGAGUCUUUCAUUUACUGGUGUGAGGAUUCCACUGCCAGCCUGAACACAGAGGAAUGUGUUGGAAUGUGCCAUGACCCGGAGACCGGUAUAAAACAAGGAAAAGGGAAACAAACAGAGUUUAUAGAGAGAGAGAGAGCGAGAGAGAGAGAGGAGGCUUUGACGGCAGUGUUUUGAGGAGUGUUGUUUGAGUCGUCUGGUCCAGGAUGGACACCAUGAUGCUUCAGGAGAAACUGGUGGAGAAGCUUCUGUGCCCUCGAACCCGAACCACUCGACAGAAGGUUGAUAAGCAGUAUGUUGGAUUCGCUACACUUCCUAAUCAGGUUCAUAGGAAAUCAGUGAAGAAGGGCUUUGACUUCACUCUGAUGGUGGCAGGUGAAUCAGGUUUGGGAAAGUCUACUCUAGUUAACAGCCUCUUCCUCACAGAUCUCUAUAAAGACAGAAAGUUACUCAACGCUGAAGAACGUAUAAACCAGACGGUUGAGAUCACCAAACACACCGUGGACAUCGAGGAGAAAGGAGUUAAACUCAAGCUCACGAUUGUAGACACACCGGGGUUCGGAGACGCUGUUAAUAAUAAUGAAUGCUGGAAGCCCAUCACAGAUUACUUCGAUCAACAGUUUGAGCAGUACUUCAGAGACGAGAGCGGACUCAACAGAAAGAACAUUCUGGACAACAGAGUUCACUGCUGCCUGUAUUUCAUACCUCCGUUUGGACACGGUCUGCGGCCGGUGGAUGUGGAGUUUAUGAAGGCUUUACAUGAGAAGGUCAACAUUAUUCCUCUGAUAUCCAAAGCCGACUGCCUCACUCCAAAUGAAGUGAAGAAACUCAAAGACCGGGUGCGAGAUGAGAUCGAGCGCUUUGGGAUCAAAGUCUACCAGUUCCCUGAGUGUGAUUCUGAUGAAGAGGAAGAGUUUAAACAGAUGGACAAAGAGCUGAAGGAGUGUACUCCAUUUGCUGUCAUCGGCAGUAAUACAGUAGUGGAGGCCAGAGGUCAGCGGGUCAGAGGUCGUCUUUACCCCUGGGGUAUCGUGGAAGUGGAGAAUCAGUCUCACUGUGACUUUGUGAAGCUGAGAAACAUGCUGAUCCGCUCUCACAUGCACGACCUGAAAGAUGUGACGUGUGACGUGCAUUAUGAAAACUACAGAGCUCACUGCAUACAGGAGAUGACCAGUAAACUUGCACAGGAAAACCGUACAGACAGUCCUUUACCCAUCCUGCCCCUGCCGACACCAGACGUGGAGACAGAGAGACUUAUCAAGAUGAAGGACGAAGAGCUCAAGAGGAUGCAAGAAAUGCUGGAAAAAAUGCAACAACAAAUGCACGAGAAAGACAAGUGAUG